AUGAAUCCUCCGGCGGCAAUUCCAGUCAAGGGCGAGGCGGGUGAAAACGCCUUAGCUCAAAUAACGGUGUCAAGCAGGAUACCGGAUUUUUGGAAGGAAUCACCUCGUCUGUGGUUUGCCCAGUACGAAGCCGUGGUGGCAAACCAAAAGCUAACAGAUGAGUCAAGAUAUAAUUUGGUGAUCGCGAAGCUCAACCGAGAGCAUGUGGAGCAAGUCAGUGAUAUUGUGCUAUCACCGCCCGACACUAAAAAAUACGAAGCCUUGAAAAAUCGAUUACUCGUAGUUUAUGAGGAAUCGGAGGUACGUCAAGUUCAAAAGCUUCUGAAAGAACUGGAAUUGGGAGAUCAGAAACCUUCCCAGCUCCUCAGGAGAAUGAGAGAUCUCGCAAGAAACAGAUUUCGAGAUGAAACAUUGAGCAUGCUUUGGAUGGGACACUUACCAACAGCGGUGCAAGCAGUACUCACAGUAAGUGAAGUGAAAGAUCUGGAGAAGUUAGCUACUAUGGCAGAUAAAGUCGUCGAAACAACGCGUUUUGCGGAAGUCCAGGAACUUUCUACUAAUAGAAGCAGUGAGGCAGCCAUGCAGCCAAACCUUGCGAAUCAAGUCGCCCACCUGACACAGCGUUUAAACCGUUUGGAAACGUCAAGAUCAAGAGGCAGGUCAUCUGGUCGUAGUAGUUACAGGAGACCGUAUCGUUUUGCGUCUCAAAGUCGCGAGCGCGCGAAAAGGAGAAACCCGAAUUGGUUGUGCUUUUACCAUUUUCGAUACAAGGAAAAGGCCAACAAAUGCAUCCAACCUUGCGCAUGGCAGAGGCAGCAGGAAACUGAAACAGAAAAAAACUAG